AUGCCGUCCCGCAUUGGAAACAGAGGAUUGUCCACGGGUCCGGGCAAUGGCUACGAAGCCCACUGCGCGUCGAAGGGGAAACACGUCCUCGUCAAACCUCUCAGCAUCCCACAGAACCCCGUCCUCCCUACCGUCAAGCGCCGCGAAGUGAAGAUUACCAGAUCUACCGCUAAUUUCUCACGCCCUCUGGAGAAGUGCAACGACCACCAACAUGCUCUCCAGAAGCCCACCGAGCCGCCGAUGCGCGUCCAGGUCGAAGAUGACGUCUCCAGUACCGUUGCGCAGGUCGGCUGCUCAAGUACCGUUGCAGGCCCUGGUGCCCGCUUCCUCCCUGGCUGCUCUGGCGGAAAGCACAAGGAGAAGCAGAUUGUCUCGAAUGCCAUGAUGCAGGCCUACGUCAAGAUGCGCGGUCCUUGUAUGGGAGGCAACGAGGACCCUCUGUUCGACUGGAUUCGACUCCGCGAGGACCUGCCUGCGCGAGAAUUCCGCAAGGGUCACAAGAAGGACGUCUCUAGAAUGCUGGAGUUGAUCGACAAGGCUCUUGAUCCCCUGAACGGGGGCGGCGACUCUCCUCGUGACGCCGUCUUCGAAGUCGAGCGACCCGACAUCCAGCACAUCCAGCCUCCCGCGGACAUGGACCUCUCUCUUCAUGCUAUGACGGCUUCCUGUGCCGACUUUGUCCUGGACGAGGAAGACGAAGAUGACGAGGAGGGCAACAUCCCCAACGGUCGUAUCUCGCCUUGCACGUUCCUCGACUGGGCCAAGGACUGCAAACGUUGGGACGACCAGGAGAUCAAGCUCCCGUUCGAAGAGGUCGGCGAUAAAGAACGACAACGUCCACCCACGCCCCUGGUCCCCGCCACUCCCAAGGACCACUUCCCCCAUUACUACAACGGCGCCGUGGAUCAGGUCGACGAGGACUCUGGCGAGAUUCUCUCGCCGGCCUACGAUGUACCCUCGAGCCCGUCCAUCAUCUACACUCCGCCGGGCGUUGCUACGAACCUGUUCCCGUCGGCAACCUUUCAGGCGUCGUACACCCGCAUGGCGCCUCUAGCAGCCAGGGAGUUCCGAAGAGCGCAGUAUGGCGGUCCUGAUUGCAAGAAUAAGGCGCCCGAUAAGGACGAGUACUACUCAUAUACCGAAGUAGAAACCGCCGUAGCAGCCAUGCCCGACGCCGGCUCCGAGCUGCCCCACUACCUCUCGCAGCAAUGGCUCGCCGUCCGCGCCAACGAGGCCACCGAAGCAGUCGUGCACACGCAAACCAUAGCGCAGCGCCAGCGCAUCGCCAACCUCGAAGCCGACAUCCAGAAACUAACCCAAUACCUCCCCGCGCUCCAACAGCAACGCGCGCGCCAGGCCGGGUACGCACAGCAGCGCGAGGCAGCGGACCGCGCCGCGCGCAUCAAGGAGCACGUCGCGGCCCACGCGCGCGACGCGCAGCACCGCUUCGAUCUGAGCUGGUAUAAAUUAGUUGUGGCGCAGCGGCGCGCCGCCAACAACGAGGAGCGCAUCGCCGCGCUGCGGAGGGAGAUCGACGGGCUUUGUGCCACGGCGGGCAAGAGGGAGCCCGGACAGGUGUUUGAGGAGGUCGAUCGCGGGAUGACGGUCGAGGAGAUGCGCGAGCUGGAUGAGGAGGUCGAUCGGAUUGUGGAUGACAUCCGGGAUGGUGGCGGGAUGCUGGGGCCGCGGGAGAGGGUGCCUGGGUCGUUUCGGAGCUUUGCGACGGAUUUGUGA